UCAAAAUAAUCUAUAUACAAACAUGAAGUUUGGUAAGGAAUUCAAGUCACAAAUGGUGCCAGAAUGGCAAGAAGCAUACAUGGAUUACGAUUUUCUUAAAACCCUUUUGAAAGAGAUACACACACACAAGGAAAGACACCGACCAUCGUUCAAACUACCUGAGUCUGAUUCCGGUCUCCGGAGGAAGCCUACACUUCACAGAGCGUUUAGCGGAUUAACCCAGAGAGGAAACAACAACAUUCCCGUCGAUAGAUCUGACAUCGAAAAUCAAAUCAUAUUCGUUCAUUCACAGUCGAGAGGAGAGGGGAACUUCCAGACUCUUUUAAUGGCGGCCGAUGAUGAAGGGGGGGGAGAUCAUGAGACUGCUUACUUUCGGAGACUAGAUGAUGAGUUUAAUAAGGUGGUGAAGUUUUACAAGACGAAAGUAGACGAGGUGAUGAAGGAAGCGGAAACGAUUAACAAACAAAUGGAUGCAUUCAUUGCCUUUCGAAUCAAAGUAGACAACCUUCAAAUCCCAUUUGAGGAAUCGGGCAUGAUUGUUCGUUUGGCUUCAGAUGUGUCUGCUUCAACAGCCGCCAUGUCUUCUUCUACUGCUCCCUCUGAAGCUACUUGGGAUAGCAGAUGUAAUUCAAUGUCUGUGAUUGAGGAAGAUGGUUCUGGUUCUGGUUCGAGUCCUAGUUCGAGCAGCCAUGGUGAAGGGUCAACAUCAUCAGGUGAUAAACCUGAAGCUUUCAAAGAGAAGACUAAGCAGCCGCCGCCAUCAUCAAUUGACAAGAACCAACACAGGCCAAGGCCAAAGCCAGCUCCAUUGGAAAUUCUUAACCAUGUGAAGAUAAACACUACUCUAGACACACCUCGCUCGACUCUCAAAGGAUUCCUUAAGGUUCCUGGCCAGGAAGAUUUGAAGUUCAACCAGGAUAACCUUAUCAAGAUCGAAAACAUGCUCAAGAAGGCCUUUGUUGUGUUCUAUCACAAGCUUCGGCUCCUCAAGAGCUAUAGCUUCUUGAACAUACUAGCUUUCUCAAAGAUCAUGAAGAAAUAUGACAAGAUAGCCUCGAGAUGUGCAUCGAAAACUUACAUGAAGAUGAUUGAUAACUCUUACCUUGGAAACUCUGAUGAGUUGAGCAAGCUUAUGGAGAGAGUAGAAGAGGCAUUCAUCAAGCAUUUCGCAAACUCUAACCGCAGCAUAGGAAUGAACAUCUUAAGACCAAAGGCAAAGAGAGAAAGGCAUAGAGUUACAUUCUCUUUAGAGGGGAAGGAUCAGUACAUGAACAACCUCUUUCCCCUUUACAGCUUUUUUGGAUUCUUGGUUAUCCACAUGCUAAUGUAUGCUGGAAAUAUAUACUUCUGGAGACGAUAUCGAGUGAAUUAUUCAUUCAUAUUCGGUUUUAAGGAAGGAACCGAGUUGGGUUAUAGACAAGUCAUGUUUGUUAGCUUCAGUAUUGCGGUUCUAGCUCUAGCCGCUGUUCUUGCAAACUUAGACAUGGAAAUAGACAAAAUAACUGCCGAUUUUAAAGCUGUCACCGAACUUGUCCCUCUUGGACUUGUAGUGUUUCUUGCAAUAAUACUGCUCUGUCCAUUCAAUAUAAUCUACCGAUCAAGUCGAUUAUUCUUCCUAGUAUCUGUAUUCCACUGUAUUUGUGCCCCUCUCUACAAGGUUACACUUCCGGACUUCUUCUUGGCUGAUCAACUAACUAGCCAGGUACAAUUGCUUCGAAGUCUGCAAUUCUAUAUUUGCUAUUACGGAUGGGGAGAUUUCAGGCUUCGAAAAAAUACAUGUCAACUGAGUGAUGUCUAUAGAGUCUCCUCCUUCAUUAUCGCAUCCCUUCCAUAUUUGUCGCGUCUUCUUCAGUGCCUUAGGCGGUUAUUUGAAGAAGGAGAUCCCCACCAAGGGGUAAACGGGCUGAAAUAUUUGUCAACUAUUAUAGCUGUGAGCCUUAGAACAGCUUUCACUCUGAACAACAAUGCACCAGGUUGGAGAAUGGCAGCCUGGAUAUCCUCUGCCGUAGCGACUGCAUUUGGGAUGUAUUGGGACAUUGUAAUGGAUUGGGGUUUAUUGCAAAAGAAUUCUAAGAAUAAAUUGUUAAGAGACAAGCUCCUUAUUCCACGUAAAAGCGUAUAUUACGUAGCCAUAGUUUUGAACACACUGCUGAGAUUUGCAUGGAUGCAGACCGUGUUGAAUUUCCAGGUUUCUUUCAUGCAUAGGCAAACCAUGAUUGCGGUUGUAGCAGUUCUGGAGAUCAUUAGACGUGGUAUAUGGAAUUUCUUCAGGUUGGAGAAUGAACAUUUGAACAAUGUGGGCAAGUAUAGGGCGUUCAAGACCGUUCCUUUUCCUUUCAACUACGAGGAAGAUGAUGGCAAGGAUGAGUGAAGUCUGGAUCACUGGUAUACAUGUUUAUAAAGAAGAGAAUGGAGAAUAUCUUUUGUUUUAUACUUUCUAUAGCUUGCUAUGUAAAUGCAGAUAUUGCACUAAUUCAAUUUAUUCCUUGGUUUUGGACCUUUAUGUAAAUGUAAGGGCUCCAUAAGAUCAUACAGUUUUUUCUUCUGGAAUAU